GUUGAUAAAUACCCUCGAUCCGGCUGUUUCUUCCUGUUUUCCACACAGUGUUCGCAGAAGUGACGCUGAACAAACACUGUAAUGGCGGAGUGGAAGCAGAAGUGUGAUUCUAAGUGGCAGCUCGGAGCGAACGGCGUGCCGCUACCGGACGGACUGGACUGGAAAACCGUUUUUGAGAAAAAACCGUUGGGACGAAACUUGCUCGUGAACGCGGCUCCGCUCGGGGUAACUCAUGAUACACCACCGCCAGAGCGUGAGGUCACAGGAAUCCCUCCGAACCCUGAACAGCCACCUCGGUUUGCACCAACAGGUGAUUUUUCUGGUUGGAGCACCAGUACAGAAGUGUUACCGUUUGACACUAGCGGUAUUCCUCCGGGCGUCGUGGUCUGCUAUCUGCCACAGUUCAGCUGGUUCACGUUGGAGCAGAAGGUUGACCUGAAGGCUGAAGGACUGUGGGAUGAACUACUGGACAACUUCCAGCCGGACAUCGCCAUUGAGGACUGGUAUGAAGAGAGUCAGCUCCAUGACUCCAUCUAUCAACUCCAUGUGAAGCUGCUAGCUGCUGAUGGACAGACGGUCAUUCAGGAACACAACUGCAGCCCCACGGAGAACCGGGAGAACUACUCACACACCUGGAAACAGGUUUCUCACGUGUUCUCGGGUUACGGCCCCGGCGUGAGGUACGUUCACUUUCUUCACAAGGUGAAGAACCAGUUCAUGGUGGAAUUCUUCGACACCAAGUUUACCGGCAGCUCCGUCGUCAUCAAAGCGACCAGAUCCGGCCAAUAAUGAUCAAGCCCAGUUUGGGGUGUUUUGUCAGUUAUGUGUUGUUGGCUGAUGUGGCUCUUAUGAAUUACUGCUUUACAAAUAAACAUUACAGCAUACAUGCAUGAAAACAGCAUGUUCCAAACUGUAUUACACACUUUAAUAAACCAAAGAUUUCAUCAACAAAA